AUGUACUACAAGGACAAGCCCUCCCCCAAGGGCAGAAAGCAAGUGUUGUUGAUGAAGACACUUUUGGGAUCAGUGGUGCUCUAUAUCAUAUACUACUUGGCAUCGUCUGGAGCCUUGGAGCGUUCCAGCUCGUCCAAUUGGAGCAAACGCCAGCAGGAAGUCAAAGACGUGUUUUUGGACUCGUGGCACAACUAUGAAAAGUACGGCUGGGGCAAGGAUGUCUACCACCCUAUCUCGGAGACCGGCAAGAACAUGGGCCCCAAACCCUUGGGGUGGAUGAUAGUCGACAGUUUGGACACUUUGAUCUUGAUGGAUGCAAAGGACGAGGUGGAAAGAGCCAGGCUGUGGGUGGUCAAGGACCUCGACUACGGAUUUGACUACGAAGUCAAUGUGUUUGAAACGACAAUCAGAAUGUUGGGUGGUCUUUUGUCUGCUUUCCACCUUACAGAGGACGAUGUUUAUUUGGACAAGGCUGUGGAUUUGGCCAAUGCAUUGGAAGGUGGUUUCCACAGUCCUACAGGCUUGCCAUACUCCUCGGUUAACUUAUACUCUGGCGAGGGGGUCAAGAACCAUGUGGACAAUGGUGCAUCUUCAACAGCCGAGGUGUCGACCUUGCAGUUAGAAUUCAAAUACUUGUCUAAAUUGACCGGUGAGACCUUGUACUGGAAGGCAGCCGAAAAGGUGAUGGAGAUUUUGGAUGCAAAUAAGCCAAAGGAUGGACUUGUUCCUAUAUAUGUCCAUCCAGACACCGGUAAGUACCAAGGCAAUUUAAUAAGAUUGGGCUCCAGAGGUGACUCUUACUACGAGUACUUGUUGAAACAAUACUUGCAAACCAACAACCAGGAACAAGUGUAUUGGGAUAUGUACCGUGAAUCCGUGGAGGGAGUGAAGAAGCACAUGGUUGGUAAAUCGAAGCCAAACGGAUUGACCUUUAUCGGAGAAUUGGACAACGGUAUUGGUGGUGGAUUGUCACCAAAAAUGGACCACUUGGUUUGUUUCUACGGUGGAUUAUUGGCGUUGGGUGCUACCAACGGUUUGACUUACGAGGAGGCCAAGCGUUUGCCAAACUGGACGCCAGACAAGGAAUCUGACUUCAAGUUGGCAGAAGAGUUGACCUACACUUGUUACAAGAUGUACAAGGAUGUCGCUACUGGCUUAUCACCAGAAAUCGUCGUUUUCAACCAAGCUGCAAACAGCAAGGAGGACUUCCACAUCAAGCCAUUGGACAGACACAACUUACAGCGUCCAGAAACUGUCGAGUCUUUGUUCUAUUUGUACAGGUUAACUGGAGAUGUCAAGUACCGUGAGUAUGGUUACGAGAUUUUCCAGAGUUUCCUCACUCACACCAAGGUCGUCAACGACAAAGGGGAGGUUGCAUACACCUCGUUGGAUGACGUGACCAAGAUUCCUUCCACCAAGAAGGACAAUGUUGAGUCGUUCUGGUUUGCCGAGACUUUGAAGUACUUGUACUUGUUGUUUGAUGACGAAAACAAGAUUCCGUUGGACAAGUACGUUUUCAACACCGAGGCGCACCCAUUCCCCAGAUUCGACACGAACGAGUUCUUGAAGACAGGUUGGAGAAGAAAGAUCGACGAGACUGAGGAGCCUACUAUGCAGCCUCCUGCUGUUAAGAUAGACAAGCAAAACCCACCCAAGGCCAAGCCUGCCGACAAGGCACCCGAAGCAGAGGCGUUGGAAGAGGUCAAGAAAAACCCGGAAUUGGUGAAAGACACCAAGGCCGAGCUGAAGAAGAAGCUCGACAAGAUCUUGCAAAACAUGGAGUAG